GUACUUUGGACGCCACAAUUCUUGAGGACGUUACAAUGUAUAUCUACUGUCUGUUGGCGUCCUCCAAAAUCAGGAUGCUGAUUAAAAUACAUUUCGUUCCAUAAUUGAGGUUAAAGAACAACUAUAGUCAAUGGAAUUACUCUGUCUUACUUUAUGAAUUUAGCAAAAUGACUAUGAUUUAGCCCUGCUUCGGCUGGCGGCGAGAGGUUGGGGGAGGGAGUUGGACGAGUGACAAAAGUGAAAAGUUUAUCACUUUCUUAUACAGUGGUUGCCUUUGAGUUGCUGGCUGUCAGAAAGAAAACACUCGAAGAUGGCGCGGCGCUGCUGCCGUGCCACGUCUCGGUUUACAGGGGAAAUACAUACACAUUUGAGAGAGUCAUUCAUAUCGACGAUUGUCAUAUUUGUGUGUUUAACUUUUCCUUUUACCACCGAAGCUGGCUUGUACACCGCUUCUGAUCAGAUAGUAAUCUUAUCCCCGGAUAAUGUGGACAGCGUUUUGGUCAAUUCCACCGCCGCACUGGUGGUCGAGUUUUAUGCCUCUUGGUGCGGGCAUUGUAUUGCAUUUUCUCCCGAAUGGAAACGUCUCGCAAGAGAUAUUAAAGAGUGGAAACCUGCUGUGGAUUUAGCUGCCAUAGACUGUGCUAAUGAAGAUAAUAGGCCGAUUUGUUCCCGUUUUGGUGUCAAGGGGUACCCAACACUGAAGUUCUUCCACGCUUACUCCAAACCUGACUCCAAGGGACAAGGUUUCAGAGAGGGUCCUCGUGAUGUGAGGGGCUUACGCCAUAAGAUCAUAGAGAAGAUGGAGACACAUGAGGAGCCUUGGCCCCCUGCCUGCCCCCCUCUGGAGACCGCUAGCAAAGCAGAGAUUGACAACUUCUUUGAGACUAACGGUGUGGAACACCUGGCCUUGAUCUUUGAGACCUCUAACUCAUAUGUGGGCAGAGAGGUGACUCUGGACCUACUGCAGUAUGAGAACAUAGCCGUGCGGAGGGUCCUGAGAACUGAGGAAGCCCUGGUGGCUAAACUGGGUGUGACUGACUUCCCAUCCUGUUACCUGUACUAUCCUAGUGGGAACUUCACCAGGCUCCAUGUACAAAAUGAGGCCCGGACCUUCUACACCUACGCCCUGCAGAGGCUUCCUGGGGUACUGCGGGCCGGAAAUCCACCACCAGUGACCUCUGACCUCUUGAAAAACACAACAGAGGACCAAUGGAGACCGUUCAACAGGUCUGGUGUGUAUAUGGCAGACCUGGAGUCUACUCUGCACUACUCUCUGCGCUUGGAGCUGGCAGCUCACCCUGUCAUCAAAGGAGAGGCUCUGAGCGCUCUACAGCGUUACAUCUCAGUACUGGCCAAGUACUUCCCUGGUCGACCUGUGGUGAGGAACCUGCUGAAGUCAGUGGACACGUGGCUGAAGGGUCAGAACGACACAGAGCUCUCUUACAGCUCUCUGAGGGACGCCCUGGACAACACAGCAGAGGUCCCCGAUGCUGCUCUGCCUGAUGGGGUGAGGUGGGUGGGCUGCCAGGGCUCCAAGCCCCACUUCAGAAGGUAUCCCUGUGGCAUGUGGAUCCUUUUCCAUGUCCUCACUGUACAGGCCGAGGAAGCUGCUGGCAAAGAUCCCCAGGAGGUGCUACAGGCAAUGAGGUCCUACGUCCACAGUUUUUUUGGAUGUCGGCCGUGUGCCACCCACUUUGAGAACAUGGUAAAGGAUAGCAUGUCCCAUGUGGGGACGCUGUCCACAGCCAUGCUGUGGCUCUGGUCCAGACAUAACCACGUCAACAACAGACUGGCAGGUGCUCUGAGUGAGGAUCCCCACUUCCCUAAGAUCCAGUGGCCGUCCCCAGAGCUGUGUCCCAGCUGCCAUGGGGUUAAGAAUGGAGAACACACCUGGAACCAGGAAGAGCUGCUCACCUUUCUCCGAUCCCACUUCUCCUCUGAACACCUCCUCUCUGACUACCUGGAGAAGGAGGCCCAGCUCUUCAGCAGGCAGAAGGAGAGCCUGGUUGCCAGGCAGCAGGAGAAGGAGCAAGAGGCCAAGAGAGGAGUAGAGAGGAGGGCCAGGGAGGCCUUGGUCGAACCACCUCCAGGCCAGGAAGAGGAGGAGGAGGAGGAAGAAGAUGAGGAAGAGGCUCAAGAAGAGCCAGCAGCAGCAGAAGAGGAGGUGGAUCAGAGGGCAAGAGGAGAGCAGCAGGGGGGUAAGACCUCUGAACCCCCCACCUGGGUAAAGCCCGAGGCAGACGUGUUCCGCCAGUCCCAGCGCAGGCCCAGCAUUGUGGGGCUGAAGCUCAGGCCACCCCAGGAGGAGAUUGUGGACCUGGACUCCUUCGUCAACCAGCACUACAAAGCCAAUGCCCUCCGCGCUGCAGCCGCAGGGUCCUCCCGCGUCAAACGCAGGACCCUGCAGAGGCAGGAGGAGCUGCAGCCUGGAGCCGGUCUGGAAAAGGGGCCAGGGCUGGGGCUGGGGGUGCAGCCCGUGGAGCCGGAGGACUUGUUGGGGCAGCGCAACACUCUGCAGAAGAGGAUCCUGACGGGCCAGUACACUGGGUCAGAAGAGGAGGGGGCUCUGGAGAUGUACCCGCACCCUAACAAGAGGCGCUGGAUGUCCUUCCUGAGCGUUGGCUUCUCCAGACUGGACAUCAGCCUGUGUGUGCUCCUCUACUUCCUGUCCUCCAUGUGUCUGCUGGCCAUGUACCUCUUCUUCAAGAACCGUCUGCGGCUGCGCCGGGCCAAGGUGGCUCUGCCCUGAGUUAAUUCUGCCUGUGGCUGCACCGGGCCAAGGUGGCUCUGCCCUGAGUUAACUCUGCCUUGCUGUGCUACUGUAGAUUUACCCAUACAUGUGACAGUGAUGCUGUGGUCAGUUCUUAAACCAUCCAAGUGAAGGGUCCGUAAUGUUCCGCAUUAAUGGAUCGCUUUGUGGUGCAUGCUUCCGGGAUAAUAAUUUAUGACGAUUUCUGCAUUUUAUUUGUGCCUUUUUUGACCACUUGUGAAGGAUUAAUUAAAACUCGAGGAAAUUAAUGUGAUUUUGAUGAUUUUGUUUUUAAUAUUUAUUGUAAUUUUUAGGCUAUGUAUAAAGCCAUAUUAUAAAUGAAUUCAUGUGAAAAGGAAUCACUAUAUAGUUUUAAUAUAAAAGACAAAGCUCUUUCUCUUACUGUUACUUCCAGCUGUGUACUCUAACAACUGUAGAGAACCAUUUUAUAUUCUUAGAAUGAAAUCAAUCUUCUAUUCAAAAAUGUGGUUUUUACAAUGAGAAAUGUGCCUCGAAUGAAAUUUUGGAUUAACAGUGCCCGAAAGAUGAUUAUCCAUAUUAAUUUUAGCAUUAAGCAAGUGAAUGUUUCCAAAUAAACAAAGAUGCCAUAUGAUAACAAAUACAUAAGCCCUGUUCAGAUAGUCUGUGGUCAGAAUUGUAGUGCUCAGUGUUCACACUAUAGAAUUAGAGCUAAUUCUAUGGUUCACACACAUUCCGUUCCACAGUGGUCUAUGUUGACUGACUAUGCUAUGCUAUUGUCUGAUUGGCUAGGACAUCUUACAUGUCCCAAUUAGCUUUACACAAUAGAGUUUAGACAUGAAUUAAAUGUUUUGGAGCAGCACUAGUUAACAGGAUACAAAAUAAGGAGGAUUGGGGUUUUGGCUGGUGCCCAUUACAUAAAACUUACUGGUCUCAAUCAACUCGAGAUGCUGUGUUUUGCUUUGCUUAUCUCAAUCAAUAAAAUUAUUUUUGUUAAAAUUG